GGAUUACGAAAAUUCAAAUUUCAAACUCAACAGUCACCGCCCCUCGCUCUCUCUUUCUCUCUCUCCUUCCCCCCGACCCCAUUUCACAUACAUCUCACGCAGACAGAGAGGGGAGUUUCUGAAGCGGAUCUAUCUAUCUCUAUCUACUAAACUGAACAAAACAGAGUGAAGAAGAGAGGGUCUUUCUCUAUCUAUCUCUAUCUCCCUCUCCCACAACCGACAAUGUCUCUUCGCCACGAGAAAGAGAAGGGAGUGAAUGUGCAGGUCCUCCUCCGCUGCCGCCCCUUCAGCGACGACGAGUUGCGCUCCAACGCCCCCCAGGUUGUCACCUGCAAUGACUAUAACAGAGAAGUCGCCGUCUCUCAGAACAUCGCCGGCAAGCACAUUGACAGGGUUUUCACUUUUGACAAGGUUUUUGGUCCUAAUGCACGACAACAAGAUCUUUACGAUCAAGCUAUUAUUCCUAUUGUAAAUGAAGUUCUAGAAGGAUUUAAUUGUACUAUAUUUGCAUAUGGUCAAACUGGUACUGGAAAAACAUACACUAUGGAAGGUGAAUGCAAAAGGUCAAAGAGUGGUCCCAAUGGAGAGUUGCCUGCAGAGGCUGGAGUCAUUCCUAGAGCUGUUAAACAGAUUUUUGACACUCUUGAGAGCCAAAAUGCUGAGUACAGUGUCAAAGUCACUUUUUUGGAAUUGUACAAUGAAGAGAUCACCGAUUUGCUCGCCCCCGAAGAACUUUCGAAAGUUUCUUUGGAAGAUAAGCAAAAGAAGCAGCUGCCACUUAUGGAGGAUGGCAAAGGUGGAGUUCUUGUAAGGGGAUUAGAGGAAGAAAUUGUGACGAGUGCUAGCGAGAUUUUUACCCUUCUGGAGAGAGGGUCUGCCAAAAGACGCACUGCAGAAACUCUGUUGAACAAGCAGUCAAGUCGGUCACAUUCAUUGUUUUCAAUAACAAUCCACAUCAAAGAGGCAACCCCAGAAGGUGAAGAACUAAUCAAAUGUGGCAAACUGAAUUUAGUGGAUCUGGCUGGCUCGGAAAAUAUAUCUCGUUCUGGUGCUAGGGAGGGUCGUGCAAGAGAGGCCGGAGAAAUAAACAAGAGCUUGCUUACUUUAGGGCGGGUGAUCAAUGCACUUGUGGAGCACCUUGGUCACGUUCCUUACAGGGAUAGCAAGUUGACACGUUUACUGCGUGAUUCCCUUGGGGGAAGAACCAAAACAUGCAUCAUAGCGACAGUAUCCCCUGCAGUUCAUUGCUUGGAAGAAACUUUGAGCACGCUCGAUUAUGCACAUAGGGCAAAGCACAUUAAAAAUAAGCCUGAGGUUAAUCAGAAGAUGAUGAAGUCAACUCUUAUUAAGGAUCUUUAUGGGGAAAUUGAACGCCUGAAGGCAGAGGUUUAUGCUACACGUGAGAAAAAUGGAGUGUAUAUACCAAAGGAGAGAUUUUAUCAAGAAGAAAGUGAAAGAAAGGCCAUGGCAGAUCAGAUUGAGCAGAUGGGGCAGACUAUAGAAAAUCAUCAGAAGCAAUAUGAUGAUUUGAAUAGUAGAUACAUUGAGCAAGUUCGACAUUGCUCUGAUUUGAGCAACAAACUUGAUACCACACAGAAAAACUUGAACAAGACCAGUGAGUUGCUCACUAACACAGAGGAUGAAUUGAGGAGAUGUAAGUAUACCGUGAAAGAGAAAGACUUCAUCAUUUCUGAGCAGAGAAAAGCAGAAAAUGCUCUAGCUCAUCAAGCUUGUGUAUUACGGGCUGAUUUGGAGAAAGUUCUUCAGGAUAAUGCUUCACUGUUUUUGAAAAUUGGUAGAGAAGACAAGCUGAACCUGGAUAACAGGGCUGUGGUGAACAAUUUUCAAGCAGAGCUUGCCCAGCAGGUUGGUUAUCUUUGCAAUAUUGUUGCGACAUCAUUGUCAGAACAGAGUGAACAUCUGACAUGUGUGGAGACGCUCUGCCAUUCUUUUCUAGGUGUUCAUGAUAAGGUGGUUUUGGAUUUAAAAAACAAAGUGACAGGUUUAAGAAACCUGUACUUAUCACACAUUGAGGCAGUGCAAAAUGUGGUCCGUUUGCAUAAGGCGAGCUCAGAUGGUGUUUUAGAGGAAUUAUCUUCUCUGAUAUCCUCCAAUGGUCGUUCUAUUCAAGAAUUUCUUGAAUCUGAGGCCACUCAAGCUGGAGCAAUAUUUGAUGAACUUCAGAGCUCUCUUUCAACUCAGCAGGGUGAACUGGCAGUUUUUGCUAGGGAAAUGCGCCAUGAGCAAUCAAGAUCUGAUUCAGAGAAGCUUAUUGCGGAUAUGACCAGCUUAGUUUCUGAUCAUAUUCGUCGUCAAAUGGAUCUGGUGGAUGAAAAGCUUGUUGAUCUUAGACAGAGCAGCAUUAAGAGCAAGACUUUCUUGGACGAACAUGUGUCAUCAGUAGGAGAAAUUGUGUCCCAUGCAAAAAGGAAAUGGCAAUCUUUUUGUGUGCAAGCAGAGAAAGAGACCAAGGAUACUGCUGAUUAUUCUGCAGCAAAGCAUUGCCGUAUGGAGUUACUCAUGCAGCAAAGUGUAAGUACCGCUGGAUCAGCUUUAGAGCAUAUGAAGAGGACUCAUGAGGCUGUAAAUGAGAAAGAGUCCAAGCAUAUUUCUGCAGCAGUGUCACUAAUCAGUAAUUCUUCUAAUAGCAAUGAGCAACAUGACAGGAUCAAUUCUGCUCGUGUUGCAGCAGAGGAAGAUGUGGCAAAGAACAGCAAGGAUCUCUUUGAGCAGUUUGAUGUCAUGUCUGCGCAAGAGCGGGAAUCCAUUUCUGGAAUGCUGGAUGUAGUAAAGACUCAUUCAAAUACACUUGAGACCUUCAGAGAAGACCAUGCUGGCCAAGCCUCUUCGAUUGAAGAGAAGGCUCGCGAAACUUUUCAACAGCACUAUAGGGACUAUGAGCCUAGUGGAAAUACACCAGUAAGAUGUGAAACAGACGUUCCGAGUAAAGGAACAAUCGAGUCUCUUCGAUCAUUGCCAGUGGAAUCGCUUCUUGAGGAGUUCCGGGAAAACAAUUCAAGUGAAUCCUCAGUAAAGGAGUUGAAACCAUCGCUUAUUCCACGUUCUCCUCUUAGCGCACUGAACUGAUGGUUCAACUAAAUUGCAUGCUUUGGUCCUUAAUGAAAUUAAAUUUGUUUGUAUCUGUAACAUUGCAUUGGUUUUUUUUUGGUUACCAUUAGUAGUUCCAUGCUUGAGAAGCAUCAGGUGAUGAGAUACAAUGUGAAAUCUAGGCCAAAUUACUUAUGUAAAAUCCCAUCUUGGGAUGGAAUAUAGAGGUCAAAUAAUGUUUGUAACGUUAGGGUAAUGAUGUCGUAUGUAGUUAAUUCUUAUUCUUGACCUGUCAAUUAUUUGGCAGAUACCUGUUUACUUAAUGUCUCUUGUAAUGAUGAACACAUUUAUAUCAAGUGAAAAUGGGAACCAGGGUUAUGUUGGAACUAUUUAAA